AUGCCUCACGACGCCAGUCCGGGCGUCGAUCUCUCCCAUCUCCCCACCCACGUCCGCGAGCUCGUGUCUUCCUCCUCCUCCGCCGGCAUACCGUUCCGGGCCCGCACACAGCACCUCCACAGCACCUGGGCGCGUACCUUCUCCAGCCUGCCCGAGCUAUACAUCCAGCCGGAAUCCCUCCCCGAGAUCGAGCAUGCCGUGUCCCUCGCGCGGCGGUGCGGUCGCCGCAUCACGACCGUCGGGUCCGGCCACUCGCCGUCAGACAUCACCUGCACGUCCAGCUGGCUCAUGAACCUCGACAGGUUCGACCGGGUCCUCGACCUGGACGCCUCGACAGGCGUCGUGACGAUGCAGGCCGGGAUCCGCCUCUUCCAGCUGUGCGACCACCUCGACGCCCACGGGCUCGCCAUGCCCAACCUCGGGAGCAUUAACAGCCAGAGCAUCGCGGGGGUCAUCUCGACGGGGACCCACGGCAGCAGCCUCCAGCACGGCCUGAUCAGCGAGCGGGUGCUGUCGCUCAAGAUCGUCCUCGCCGACGGCCGCGCCCGCGCCUGCUCGCCGACCCGUGACCCGGACCUGUUCCGCGCCGCGCUGCUCUCCCUCGGCGCCCUCGGCGUCAUCGCCGAGGUGACCUUCCAGGCCGUGCCGGCCUUCUCGCUGCGGUGGGACCAGACCAUCUACGACGACGAGACCGUCUUCGCCGCCUGGGAGGCGCGCACCCUGUGGUCGCAGGCCGACUUUGUGCGCGUCUGGUGGUUCCCCUACAUGCGCCGCGCCGUCGUCUGGAAGGCCGACGUGGUGAGCUCCGCGGACCUCGCGUCGGGCCGGGCCGCGCACGUCGACCCGCCGAGGAGCUACUACGACGGCGCGCUGGGCUACUACGUCUACCACAACCUGCUGUACCUGAGCCGGCUCGUGCCGCGCAUCCUCCCCUGGGUGGAGUGGUUCGUCUUCGGCAUGCAGUACGGCUUCCGCGACGGCGCCGCGUCGACCAUCGGCGCCGUCCAGCCCAGCCGCGACGCCCUGCUGAUGAACUGCCUGUACAGCCAGUACGUCAACGAGUGGGCCCUCCCGCUGGACAAGGGGCCCUCGGCCCUCCGCCGCCUCGGCGCAUGGCUGUCGCGCCGACGGCCCGCCGACCACGGCAUCCCCUUCGCCUGCCCCGCCGGCUCGUACGUCCACAGCCCCGUCGAGGUGCGCGCCAGCGACUCCGGGGUGCACACCGGUGCGGCGCGGGCCAACAGGCCGUGGCUCGACCCGACGGAGCGGGGCGGGCCGACGCUGUACCUCAACGCCAUCAUGUACCGGCCGUACGGGCUCGACCCGCCCGGCCGCGACGACUACUACCGCGGCUUCGAGUGGCUCAUGCGCGACCUCGGCGGCAGGCCGCACUGGGCCAAGAACUUCUCCGCCACCGCCGCCGACGUCGAGGCCUGGUACGGCGACGACCUGCGGACCUGGAGGCGCGUGCGCGACGAGGCCGACCCGCAGGGCAUGUUUGUCGGGCCGUGGCAUCGCAGGCUUGUUCUGGGGGGCCGUGGUGAUGGCGAUGGUGAUGGCAAGGUCGCCGAGGAGCAGCUGCUGCUGCCGCUCGAGGAGACGGAGCUGAGUCCUGGCCGGGCGAGGAAUGGGGGUGUGCUCUGGCGGGGCACCUUGGGAGGGGGAGGCAGGGUCUGA